CACGCACACACCUAAUCGGAUAUGGCGCAACUGAGUGAUUAGUUGGCUAAUUAAUCCAGGCGCCCCGACCGGCUCGCCUGCGUCGUCGUCCACUCGCUGGGCGCAGGGCGCUACAAGUAGCCGCGAAAUGGCGAGAGCAGCCGCACAGAAAAAAGCCAUCAAAGAGCAAGGCACAGUGCUAUAGAGGUAAACGGGGGAGAAGACGAGCGAGGCCGAGGACAAUGGGAACGAGCCUUGCGCAGGCGGUGACGGCGCUGAUGGGCACGUGCGCGCGGCAGCUGUCGCGGGCGGCUCGGCGGCUGCACCGGCGCCCGCGCGCGCGGCAGGCGCUCGCGGCGUCCUUGUCGUCGCGCGCCGUCGUGCCGUUCCUCGAGAAGGCCGCCGGGUCCAAGAGGAGGAGGAGACGCGAACAGGAUGAGCCGAGCUUCGAGGCAGAGGAGGACGGGGUGUGGAGGAAGGAGAUAAUGAUGGGGGAGCGCUGCCAGCCGCUGGAAUUCUCCGGGGCCAUCUACUACGACGCCGAGGGCCGCCGCCUCGAGCAGCCGCCGACCCCGCGCUCGCCGCUUCGCAGCCCGCUGCCGUCCAUCACGCUCGCGGCAAUCGCCGGCGGAGGGCACUAGCGCGCAGCUAGAGAGCACUCGAUUUCGCUGUAAAUGUACGUACAUGGUUUUUGUUCUCUCUCAAUCUCUUGUGUUGGUUUCUCUCUCUCUGGACGUCGGCGUGUGCUGCGAGUACCAUGUAAAACGUCUAUGGAAAUCUGGCUUGCUGUUCUCUACAAGCUGGCGCGGCUCUGAAUAUCUGCUACAGUACGUACAGUUCUCCAUCGGAUCCAUCAUCGUCAGCAUUAGUACAGUACAUUACUCCAUUAUAUUGUGAACAGGUUGCUU